AUCUUAAUAAGCAUAAUCAUUGAAGGAAAGAGAAACAACAAGAAGAGAAAAAAAAGAGAGACAACAACUAUAUCUGACUUCCAGCCAUUAAACAUUAUUAAACUUAUUAUUAACUAGUUUGAUUUUAUUUCUGUCAUACAUCAACAAAAGUUCUUACUGAGAAUUAACAGAUGUUUAGAUGUUAAUGUAUUAAUGAAAGAUUUGGUUCAAGUCACCAUGAUGGUGAUCAGUGUUUUCUUUAGUUGGGCUCUUGACCCUUUACUUUUUAAUAUUAACUUUCCUCUGGCUGCUUCAACUUUGUGUUUGCAGAGCACAUUUGUUAUGGCCAGAGAACCUAUGAUCAUCUUAGGAAACACAGGCCUGGUCACAAUGGUUGUGUUUUGAUGAUGACAUUAUCAUAGAGUAAUGGCCUGAUUCACUGGUCAUACAGAUGUUUUACUAAUUUUUCAUUGCAUUAAAUCUCUGAUGUUUCAGCUUAAGAUCCAUCAACACUUUUAUAAUCUUAACUUUAAAAGGAAACAAAACAAAAAACAAACAAACAAAAAAAAACACAGGCAUCAAGAAUCAGCAUAUGAGCCUCAUCAAUGGUGACAAUCAAACAAAGUGCUUCAUGUUGCAGUGCAUGAUGGGAGCCACCAAUCAAAACUCAUCCAUGGCUCCCAUCAUGCAUUGCAACAUGAAUAAAUUAUGCAGCUGAAUUGUCCUGUAAUUUUCAUUGAUUGUUCAUGUUUGCUUUUAUUUUGCUGUUGUUUUGUUGUGACAGUAGCUUGUUUUGUGAUGUUCAGAGUUGAUCUGUUUGUCAGUAUUUUGUAUUUAUUUAUUGUCACCGUUCUUGAGAAUCAUAUGCUGAUUCUUGAUGUCUGUGUGUCUAAACACAGAAGCUUCUGUGCAUAAUUUAUUUUUCUUGUAAAAAACAAAAUUGUUCAUACUGUUGUUGGAUCUCAAGCUGUAAAAUCACAGGACUGCAAUCAUUAACACUGAAGCUACACAUCAAGCAUCUGGUGAAUGUGGCGAGUGAUGACAGUGGAGACUGGUGCGUGGCUGAGAGUUGACUCCCUGACAGCUAGAGUUUAGCUCCAGCCCUAAUUGAACACACCUGAAUCAGCUAAUCAAACUCUCCAGGAUUACUAAAAAACUUCCAGGCAGGUGUUUUGGAGCUGAUUUGAGCUACAGUCUGCAGGACACCAGCUACUAAACUAACCAAUGUGAAGUCUUAAUUUUCUAAUAAAUUCAUAAACUAUAUUCUUAUUGCUCUGUAUAGCCAGAAUAUGCUUUUUUCCACUUUCCAAUAUGAUCACUAUUACAAUAUCAGGAGCAAUAAUCAACAAUAAUGAUUUUGUGAAGAUAUUGCAGCUUCACUCUCUAAUGAGUUGUUUUUUAUUCACAUUAUUCAUUUUUUGUGUAAAUACAUGUACAUGAACAGCUUUAUAAUCUGUGUAAAUGAGCAUAAAUGCCAUGUCAGAUACAACUUCUGUUCAUCUUUGCAGUGUAAAGAUGUCUUUUGUUGAUGUUGAAAGAAACUGGAUUUGUAACAGUCUAUAGUAUUGCAAUUUAUCUUUUUUUUUUCUCUUCUUUUUUAAAUCAGUGCAAAGAAAUGCAAGUACUGCCAGACUUUGAUGGAGACAUAAGCUGCAUUUCUAAUGUCGUGCCAAAGGUGAGAGUGCUAGUGUGUGCCAGGGCCAAUAGCGUUUCCACUGUCACUUCCGGGGCUUGAUCAGGCCUCAUUGGGGUUUCCUCAGGGCCAACGGCCAUGGUUUUUUGGCCCGACGAGUACCUACUUUUAAACAAUUUUCAGUUAAAAGCUCACUUUCAGACACCAGUGAGUGUUUGAAAUAACUUCCUUGUGAGCCGAUGGGGAUUCUGAUCACUGUAUGAAGCAGAAAUAUACUUAUAUGUGAUGCUAAAGUAUACUUAUGCUAAUCAUUGUGAUAAUAAAUACACACGUUUAUGGAAAAUACCAGAAACUGCUUGAGGAACAUAGACUCAUAUAUGACUCAUAUAUGAUUAUAAUCAUAACUCAUAUAUGAUUAUAAUCAUGUAUUUAUUUGGUUUAAUGUUUUAUUAGUCUCUUCCCUGUGCCUUUGUUGAUACUGGACUAAUGCAUCCGUAUAUCUGUCACACUCAGACACUUAUAUAACUCGUAUAACUCAUAACUCCUGUUUUCUUCUCAUGAGCUCCCUCUGUUGCUCUGGCUGAAAGGAUAACAGUAUAGAGAGAUCGCUCAAACCUCCUCGGAUUGCAAUCAUUGCAUAAUUUCGAGGAAAAUGAACAGAAAUGCUCAGAAAUGUGACGUAAAUGUUAUUUUAUGAAUAUUUUUCUAAAUGUGUAAGCCUUUGGAUUUAAAAGCCUUACUGGAGUUAUUUUGAAACUGAAGCAGGUGCAACUGAACAGGUAAGUGUUCUCUUUUUAUGUGAAAUGGUAAAAACCAGUUUGAUUCAGCACGAUUGAUGUGCAGUCCUGACACAAAUUAAUAAAUUACUGCUACUGUAAUGUUUUUAUUGUAAAACAUUGGUCAAAUAUUGAUAUUGGAAUCUUAAAUCUUUAAGUAAAGACCAAACGUUCACUUCUGUCAUGCUCAUUUUGCGAUCUAGCUAGUUUUCAGUCAGCUUGUGAAAUGGUCAGGUUGUGUGACGUUGUUCUGUGGAGGUGUGUUAAGGGUGUUUUAGGGAAGUGCUGUGGGGUUACUGGCCCGACAGUGGAAAUGCAACUUGAUUUUGGCCUCGGUGCUUGUGGUCCGAGUCUAUUAGCCCAGCAUGGCAUGUUGUUAGCCCUGGCUCGUACUGGCCCGACAUUGGAAAAGUGGCUAUUGAAGAAUAUUUAAAUUUCUGUUCUAGCCAAGUCAGAAGUGUGACAAAUGAAAACAUUUGUUAAAAUGAUGACAAGCUAGAAUAUAAAAUAAGCUAACUGGCUGGUUUUAAGUUAGUCAAAAAAAAAAAAAAGUUAUUAUUAUUAGCGUUAUUCAGCAUGAAGAUUUACCAAUUGUCACAGUCUCCGUCUGUCCUGGACUCCAUUUCCCAUCAUCUUCCCUGGCCCUCACCUGCACUCACUCCACCAUCAGCUAAUCACACACACCUGUUCCCUGUCAGCACCUCAUCACACAGGACUAUUUAAGCACACCACUCACCUCCUUUAGUUGUCUGAUCUCAUUUAUAUGAAGGAUGCUUCAUGUUUAUCUCCAAGACACUUAGCUGUUCUACUCCAGCGUGUUUGCCCAGUCUCUGUGCUUUGUCGUCUGUGUGUGAGUCUACCCACCUUCAAUGUGUGUUCAUCCUGUCAACUGAUAUCCAUCCAUCCAUGAUCUGCAAACCUGUAAGACUAAGGACUGUAUCUGUGUUCAGUUACCACUUUGCAAGGACUCCAUCUUCUAUCCACUCACCUGCAUCACUGUGUCACCCUGCUGUUUGUUAAAUUAACAUCCCUCUGUGUUCACCUCUGUGUCUCCGUCCCUCCUGUCCAUAACACCAAUAUUUCAAAUUAAAAAAACAAAACAAAAACUCCACAGCAUAAUCUAUUCAUGCUGCACUGAAUGCUGGGUACCAUACAUAUGCACUGUAUAAAUACAGUAUGAUAUUGUAGAUUUUACUUGAAAUUUCCAAGAGUGCAGUUAGAUACAAGGGAACCCCUACUGUGGAAUUACUGUGAAAGUAAUGCAAUUAUUAACCUGGAAUAUACUGUAAUUUCACACUAAAAAAUUGUAGAUUAAAAAGUUCAAAGUUGUUCAUAGUAGCAGGACAGGAAGAAACUCUUCACCUACAAACUAACAUAAACACACAUUCACUGUAUAAAAAAAAAAAACAACCCUGCUGCAGGUUUCAGUUUGUCUCAGAGGAUGAACUUCUGUAAAACUUGUACUGUGAGAUCAGACAUGGUUUUAACUUUAACUUAAUUUUAAUUUUCUAUUUUCCCCAUACAUGAAUUGAAUAAAUAUAAAGCACUAGAGUUACUCUCUGUUUUAUGUUACAUUUCUAUUUUAUCAUGAAAUGUAGUUUUUAUUUUAUAUAAAUAACGUGCAUAUACAUGUGUGCGUGUGCAUCAGGAGGGUCAGACUCUGUCGGGGGAGGAUUCACAUUACUUCUGUUGUGUUUCUUUAGAUCAGUUGUGCUUUCAUUCAUUGUCUUAUUAGAUCAGAAAAUGUUUAGUGUGUUUGUUUUGUUUUGUUUGUGCUGCUGGCAUGUGAUUGGUGAGCUUGAUGCUGAAACAACUGAAAUACAAUCAGUGUCAGUGAUGGAGGGAGAUUCUGUCACUUUACACACCAGUGUUACUAAAAUACGUGAAGACGACGACAUACUGUGGAAAUUUGGAGCUGAAAACUCUCUUAUAGCUAAAAUCAGCAUUGAGAACCAAAUCUUCUCCAAAUAUAAUGGUACUGAUGGGAAAUUCAGAGACAGACUGAAGCUGGAUGAUCAAACUGGAUCUCUGACCAUCACAAACAUCACAACUGAACAUGCUGGAGUUUAUCAACUAGAGUUAAAUGGAGCAAAACUGUCAACAAAAACAUUCAAUGUUUCUGUCUAUACUCGUCUGCCUGUUCCUGUCAUCAGCAGUAACUCUUCACAAUGUUCUUCAUCAUCAUCAUCAAAUUGUUCGUUGGUGUGUUCAGCUGUGAAUGUGGGUCAUGUGACUCUCUCCUGGUACAAAGGAAACAGUUUAUUGUCCAGCAUCAGUGUGUCUGAUCUCAGCAUCAGUCUCUCUCUACCUCUGGAGGUGGAAUAUCAGGAUAACAACACCUACAGCUGUGUGCUGAACAAUCCCAUCAGCCACCAGACUCAACAUCUGGACAUCACUCAACUCUGUCACACAUGUGCAGACUCUGUCCGCUCUUGUGGUUCUACUGAAGCUGUGAUCCGAUUGGUCCUCUCUGCACUGGUGGGUGUGGCUACUGUCAUUCUUCUGGUUUAUGAUAUUAGAUCCAGAAGAGAUGAACAAAAUCAAGUACAUAUUCACACAUUGGGACAGUAAAUGAUGUCAUUUCUCAUUCUCAACUAUUUCAAUGAUUUA